AGAGUUUGGUGAAUACUUGUUGAUUGCAUUGAAAUUUGAAUGCGACUGAGAUAAGGGUUUUAGAGAGGAUCGCGGAGGCGGCGGGGGCAUAUUACGAUAACGAGACGCAAACCAAAACAAACGAAAUGCGUUUGACCUUCGACUGCUGCGAUUAAUUGUUCAAUGGUGAUUAACGACGGUUGCGUCCAACAUGGAUUACGAGUGGAAAUUGGACGAGGAUGCGAGGAAAUUCGCGGAGGAAAAUCUGAAAGAGACUGAGGAAAAGCGCACUAGAUUCGUUGCUGAAAUCAGGUCUUGGUACGAUGAAAAUCCGGAGAUAAACGGAUGUCGGGAUGCUGAUGCGAUCGUGCCGUUCCUGAGAGGCUGCAAGUUCGACCUGGAGCGCGCCAAAAUCAAAUUGAGGAAUUACUAUAAGAUGCGGCAGGAGACGCCGCAGUGGUUCGCGAAUAGGGAUCCGGAAUUGGAGGAGAUCCAGGAGCUGGUGAAUCUCGGCGUUUUCGUGCCGAUGAGGAAGCUGCACGAGAACAGAUUGGUGGUGAUAAUAAAGACUGCCGCUCACGAUCCAGGCAAGCACAAGCAGGACGACGUCUUCAAGGCUGGUAAGAUGAUCCUGGACGUGGCCGCCAAGGAGCAGGAGAGUGCUCAAAUCUACGGUGUAACAGCCAUCUUCGAUAUGACUGGGGUCUCCUUGGGACAUGCAAGACAAUUACCACCGAAGGUCAUUAAGAAAGCAGUGUUUGCCUGGCAGAACUACCAUUGCAGGCCAAAGCAGUUGGAGUUUGUGAACGCUCCACUAUACAUCAAUGUGGUGCUGAAUGUGUUCAAGAGUUUCAUGAGUGAGAAGCUCAAGGGCAGAGUACGGGUGCAUUUCAAGGGACAGGAAUCCCUGCAUCAGGUCAUUGAUAAGGAAGUUUUGCCUGAGGAAUACGGGGGCACAGAUGGACCACUUUCAGAACACAUCACCUACUGGAGGGAUAAGCUCAUCGAGUACAAAGACUGGUUCAAAUAUGAUGAACAAUUCAAAUCCAAAUUGGAUUAAACAAUCACAAACAUUUUACAUUCUUUUA